AUGAGGAUUUCGAUUGGUUUUCUCCAAAUCUUCUUCCUCUUGUGUAUUGCCGCGCCGACGAGGACGACGAUUUGUUUCGCGCUGAAGCAAAGCGAUGAUGGAAGUUCCGUGCCUUCCUCGAGAGGAAUAGGAGGAAAGAGAUCGUCAUCAAAAUCAUCAUCGUGGCGGGGCAACGCGGCGACGAAACGACCGGAUGAUUUCAAAGCGUUCCAAGCGAAAGACAACAUGGAGGAGCUCGAAUUCGCCACGUUUUCCAGCGGAGAUUUUGCGAAAGCGGAAGCGCGGUACGGGUGUUUGCGAGACGUAUUCGCGACGAACGUCGGAUACAGUUCUCUCAACGCGGAUUGGCGGCAAAGAUUUAAAGUUGGCGAGAAAGAGCGCGUGUUGAUGCAAGGCCAUCGCGUGAGCGGAGACGACGUGGAAACCGUUCGCGUGUACUACGAAGGCGGGAUGCGGACGUACAAAACGUUGCUCGACAUGCACUUUCAGAUGUUGGAACCGGAACCGUGGGUGGUGAGAAGAGGUCAAGGCGACUCGAAGAUGUACGCGCACGCGAUAUAUCCGCACACGCAAGAGCAGCUGAAAGCGGCGACGGAAAUCGUAAAAGAGAAACACGAGAAGAGGAUUGGACCGAGAGGCGAACGCGUGGCGACGAAAAUCGUCCAGAAUUUACGUAAAGACGACGGCGCGUUUAACUUUCGCCCGGUGGAACGAGAAAAGCAAAAAUCCCAGCUGAUGAACAGAGUAGAGUUACAAACCACCCAAGCGAAAUGGAAUACGGACGAGCACUUUAAGAACGACUCGUGGGUGUUUAACUCCACCGAGGCGAUGUUCGUCAACGGCUACUUAGCCGGCGCGUGUAGCCAAAACGACCACGACGGUUUCGAAAAACCCCACGACGACGUGGAGAACACGCUCCGAUCCUUCGAGAUGAAUCUCGAGCGGUUGGAGAGUUUAGGAUUAGUGCACUUACACCCGGACGUGGUCAUGGUGCCUCCGUUGGGCGGUAAAAAACAACUGGACAAAGAUAGAGAGGAGAUGUUAAAGAGGCAAGAAAGGAUCAAGCGAGGUUUGCCCGAAUUUGAAGACUUUGACGAGUUCGAUGAUGAAAAAGUCAAACACAAAGACAAAGACGGAGAACUCUAG